AUGGUCGUGAGAUCGGAUACCGUCCAGUGGGCAGAAGAUCUAAGAUCUUGUAUUUUGCCUCAAUUUGUUGGUUGCUAUGCACAAAUUUAUAACGGAAAAGGUUUUGUUGGUUUAAAGAUUGAUGAAGAAAUGGUUGGUCAUAAAUUUGGAGAGUUUGCUUCUACACGGAAAACCUCUUCCUUGGGUAAGAGAGCUUUGCCCUCGAAAACCAAGAUCAAACCAAUCAAAAAGGUACGAUACUCGAUAUCGUCUACAAACUCAGCACCCUGGGAUCCCAAGGUGGAUGUGUCCGACUAUGUGCGGAUACCUCAUGGAUAUCAAUGA